AUGGCUCACGACGGCGCGUCUGCACCGGGAUCGAUCGAUGGCAGACCUGAUCCAGUCGGUGGGGCCAAUCCGAGGCACGCUAACGGCGUAGGGCAGCAAAACACAUACCUGACGCACAGGCUGAGAUUGAACCCUAAUGCAGACCACCAGCCAGAUAAUUACGAGGAUCUGCAGCUGGAUUUCAGCCCAUCUGUCUUCAGCUCACUGGAGAGAUACCUUCCCCCUAAUCUCCUCCUCCAGACGCGCGAUGUGAAGGUUAAUUACAUGCGUGACAUUCUUCUGCGUUACUACCCAGAAAGCGAUCGCAUCAGGUCUCAGAAGCAGAGGGAGUAUAGGCAGAAGAUCAUAUCCAACUAUCAGCCCUUGCACAGCGAACUGUAUACUAUGCAGGCAGAGGACAUUUUCCGCCACUCAUUUCUCAGGGCAAUCAGCGAGAACACUGAACAGGCGUUUAGAAACAUAAUCUCUGAGCCCUCACCAGGGAUUUUUACAUUUGAUAUGCUGCAGCUACGUUUCUGUGAAAUGUUGAUAGCUGAGGUUGAGAACUUUGAGAAAUGGAUCAGUGAGACGAAGUUCAUAGUCAUGAGGCCCAAUACUAUGAACAAGUAUGGCGUUGUUCUUGAUGAUUUUGGCAUGGAAACCAUGCUUGAUAAGUUCAUGGAGGAUUUUAUCCGCCCACUUUCUAGAGUUUUCUUUGCUGAGGUUGGUGGUUCCACGAUUGAUGCACAUCACGGUUUUGUCCUUGAGUAUGGGAUGGAUAGAGAUCUUGACCUGGGUUUUCAUGUGGAUGACUCAGAAGUCACCUUGAAUGUCUGCUUGGGCAAACAGUUUUCUGGUGGUGAACUUUUUUUCCGCGGUGUGCGUUGUGAAAAACAUGUAAACACGGGAACACACUCAGAGGAGAUAUUUGACUACACGCACGCACCAGGGCGUGCAGUUCUUCACCGCGGUCGCCAUAGGCAUGGCGCCAGAGCCACCACUGCAGGCAAUAGGGUCAACUUAUUGUUGUGGUGUAGAAGCUCUGUUUUUAGAGAGCUGAGGAAGUAUCAGAGGGACUUCUCGAGCUGGUGUGGAGAGUGCCAACGAGAGAAGAGAGAGAGGCAACGGCAGUCUGUUGCUGCAACCAAACUGGAAUUACUGAGGAGAGAAGGUCGCAUUGGUUCUUGA